AACUCCGCAUGAUCGCGGCGGGUCUACCAAUAGGCCACGACCCAGCAGCGGCGGCGAUCGCUUACACGCUGUAGUCGGUCGAUCCGUCCGAUCAGUCGGUUCAGUUUAAACACUUUAACUGCCCCUGCUGGUGCUGCUCGGAAAACAGUCGCAAAUUGAUCGCGUUACGAGUCGCAGCAAUCGGGGUAGUUUCUCCGCGACUCCUCACGUUCACUGUCGAAAAGGAGCCUACUGAGGUUUCGGAAUUUUCGCGUCAAGUCCGCAUUCGUUCGUAGCAGUAGAAGAACAAGGUUGUCGAAAUAAAAAAAAAAUCGCGAACCAGAGUCCACAAAACCGAUUCGAUCUUGGUGUUUUAGUGAAUGUGCGAUUGGUUCCAGCUGGAAAAUUUAUACGGAAUGGCAGAAAUUUGCUGUGAUCGGUGAUCUGGAAAAUCGGAUUAAUUAGGACUGGAUUCGGUGCGAGAGUGUGAGGUGGAUCAAAAUCAAAGUUGCACGUGGUUCCGUUCGCCCAAUGCCAAUCAAGAGUGAAUUUAUUGCUUCUAAAGUGAAACCAGAGAUAAAUUAAGUGCGUACGACCGAGUUAAACUAAGCCGUCAGCUAUCAGUACAAAUCGUGUUUUGCAACACACCAUUAGUCGGCGUUUUCUAGUGUUCUAUAAGAAAUGGCGCUGCAUGUGCAGAUCCUAGUAGCCAGCGUGGUUGCAACCGUGCUUUUGGGCUAUUCGAGCGAUGUACUGGCGGAACCAUGGAAGCCUCUUGAGGAUCAUGAUAGCGGAGGGACGUCCCUUCUCGAUCACUACUUCGUACACCACUUCGAUCAGGAUGAACCGGACUCGGAGCCGGCUCCGUCCUACGCAUUGCGCGCGCUGUCAAUCAACUGUGAAUGCGUCAAAUUGCGUCACUGUCCCAAAAUCCUAGAAAUGUUGAGGACUCCCAAGUCCAGCUACAGCAGUUUCAACUCCAAACUAAAGCGACUAACUUGCGGCUACAGUACCGGACGGGAACCGAGUAUUUGUUGUCCCCUGGAUGACACUUGGCUGGCAGAUGAAGCGGAACAACGUCCUCAAUCGGGAAAUGCCUUCGGAGACCCGGACAAUCUCAAGUAUCUACAAAGCGAUCGCAACCAGUUUGGAUUCACAUCAAAUACCCGCAACUCUGCGAGGAACAACUUCGUUACGUCGUUCGAAGAUCCAGAAACGCUGAAGAACUGCCCGCCGGUGAUCUCUUCGGCGGACGAGUUUAGCAGGCCUACUAAGAAGGUUUAUGUGGCACCGGCUGUGCGGCAGCGGCGGCCUACUACGAGGGCAACCACUACCUCGACUACGACCACAACCACGACGACGGCACCGGCACGAUCAGUGUUCAGCGGCACCAGAACAAGCAUUGACGUUGACCCAGGUUUUGCGACGGUUACCAGUGUUCCGGUGACGGAUUCUACGGCUCGGUUGGUGGCCAGCGCCAUUACGCCUCCGGUAAUCAACGACGCGUUGUGCGGAUUGUCUGUCAACACUCGGAUCAUUGGCGGUGAAACGGAGAUUCCCGGACAGUUUCCCUGGAUAGCGCGAUUGGCGUACAGGAAUCGAACUUCAGGUCGAGUCACGUAUCGCUGUGCAGGAUCGCUGAUCACCAAUCGACAUGUGAUCACGGUUGCCCACUGUGUGACGAAUUUGAUCGACGAAUUGGAAUUAGUCAGCGUCCGCCUGGGCGAUCUCGAGUGUAACACGGUGUCGGAUAACCGAUGCAACUCACGCUUCCAGGACUUCGCGAUCGAUCGUCUGAUGCCUCACGAGAACUACGACACACCGAAGUACGCAAACGACAUUGCCCUGGUAAAGCUGCUGCAACCGACUGAGGUCUACAACAUCCUGAGUCCGCUGUGUCUGCCGAUGGACCAGUACUCCAGCUACGGUAGAAACCUGACUGGAAAAACGGGAAUCAUUGCCGGGUGGGGAUCCACCAGUAAUCGAAACAACUCCCCAAGCCCGACGCUUCAGUGGCUCCGGCUGCCGAUCGUGGACACCGCCCAGUGUGCCACCUCCUACGCUCGCUACAGCGUCAACUCGCGCAAUCCGAUCAUCGUUUCGGGCAGCCAGAUGUGCGUCCAGGGCCAGGAGAACAUGGACGCCUGCCAGGGGGACUCGGGCGGUCCGCUGAUGAACGAAGCCAUCUCCAGCCGGGAUCGGUUCGUACUGCUCGGUCUAGUCUCGUUCGGGCCCCGCACGUGCGGGGUGUCGAACUUCCCGGGGGUGUACACCCGGAUCUCGUCCUACAUCGAUUGGAUCCAGCGGCAGAUUCAGCUGUAGAUGCGGAUCGAUCAAUUAAUCGUGCGCCGCGCUUUAGUCGUUUAAGUUUAGGAACCAAAUUGUAAAUAGUUAUCUUUUAUCAAAUUCGAACGGAAGUUUAUCGCAGAGAUAUGUGGGAGAUAGAUAGGGAAGUCCACAAUAAACAUAAAAUGUGACUGAAUAAAUGCUGCUGUUUUAUGCGUACUGUGAGAUCACAUACAUACCGGAUGACCAUAGUUAUUGAAUGCAACACAUCAGGCAUUUUAGUCAAAUGUGUUUCAAUAGGGUUAAAAUUGAUGGAGUAAUUUUAAGAUAAGGCAAAGUUUAUGUACAACCCCGUAUCA